GCAGCAGUGGAAGCUGAUAAAAGCGUUUCCUCUCAGGUGACGCCGUAGGUCCCGAUCAGCAGCGCGGGCAGAAUGGACUUACGCCAGUUCUUUUGUUCGAUUGUUCUGGCAAGUCUGAGACUUUCCCUAGGUCAAACUUUAGAAUGCCGUAAUGGCCAGUGGCAGUGUGAUGAUGGAAGAUGUAUCCCUGCUGUGUGGCGGUGUGAUGGAGGUGGAGACUGUCUGGAUGGAUCUGAUGAAAUGGAUUGCGUUGCACUUCCAGGCUCUCCUGAAUGCCCGCCGGGUCAGUUUCCUUGUGUUGACUCUGUCGGCUGUGUUGAUGCGUCAGCCCGCUGUGACGGACAACACCAGUGUCCAACCGGCUCUGAUGAGGAGAACUGUCCAGCUACAGAGGGCUGUUUGGUUUCUGAUUGGCCCUGUCGAAACCGUAUCUGUAUCCCCAAAGAGAUGCGCUGCAAUGGACUGAAUGACUGCCUGGAUAAUUCUGAUGAAGAAGACUGUGGUUCAUGCGAUGAGAACGGCAUACGGUGUCCUGAGGGAAUAUGUCUGAGUGCUGAAGGGAGGUGUGAUGGGACGAGCCACUGCUCUGAUGGUAGUGAUGAGCCCAUAACCUGCGGUCGUCUUUGCUCCAUAAACAAUGGCGGCUGUAGCCAUGUGUGUGUUGAUGAAUCCUGGGGAGCUCUGUGUGUCUGUCCUGUUGGAUAUAAGCUCUCUCCCAAUGGUGCAGUCUGCGAAGAUUUGGAUGAAUGUGCCCAACCCUUUGCCCCUUGUAUGCAUCACUGCACUAACACUGUUGGAUCCUACUAUUGCCACUGCAGAGAAGGCUUCAAACUGAGUGGAGGCUCCACGUGUCUAGCUACAGGUAAUGCUACCAGAUUACUAACUGUGCAGAGGAGCUCUAUCGGCCUAUUGAAUGUGAAGUCUCAACAGUUUGAAGUUAUCCACACUCCAGUGUCUGACCCAGUGGCCUUGACUUUUGACGUUGCCCAAGGCUGGGUCUUCUGGGCUGACAUCCAUGGCAGCAUUUACAAAAGCAAUGGAGAGCAUGGCUGGACAAUCUAUAUAGGGGAGCCUGGAAUCAAGAGUCUAGCCUGUGAUUGGCUGAAUGGAAACCUGUUCUGGACAAAUCAGAAGACUGAGUCAAUCUACAUGCAAGCAGCUGAUGAGACAAGUUACACUACUCUGCUGAGCAAAAACAUCAGUCCAUUGGAGUUGGUGCUUUUACCUGUAGAGAGCAUGAUGUUCUGGAGCAAUGCUGGCCACGGCGACAGAGUGACGAUAGAGAAGUCAUGGAUGGAUGGAUCAGAAAGAAGCACUCUGACUGUGCUCACUGCUCAGUCCCCCCACAGCCUCACUGCUGACGUGGCUGCCAGGAGGCUGUACUGGAUCAGCGACUUCAAGAAGUCUAUAGAGACGGUGAAGGUAAACGGGACUGGCCGGCAUUCCUUCACAGGACUGUUCAACAGGGGACCGCCUCGCAGCCUUGCUGUGUUUGAAAGUUUGUUCUACUGGGUGGAUGACAAUGGACUCUGGCAGGUUCCACAGGACCAACCAAACUCAAAGCGAUUUCUCUUAGAAGCCACACUGCCAAUAUCAGCUGUUUACCAUAAGCUACAGCAGCCUCAAGGUUCUUCUGCAUGUGGAAAGACUCGAUGUCAACUCUGCCAGCUAACUAAAGGCAACCCUGUCGGCUUCACCUGUGCUUGUCCAAACUCCAAAGUGCUGUUGUUUGAUGGGACAUGUGAAUAUCCCAGGUUUAUAUAUGCUACCAUCACCAACCUCAACCUUGUGGAGUUCAGUGGCCAAAGGUCCACUAAAACCCAGCUGUUUACCACUGACGACGGCAUCCUGUCAUUUGAUCUGGAUUGGUACAGAGACUGGCUAUACUGGGCUAACCAAACUGGCCAUAUCCAGCGCACCAGUCUUAACCAGGUCAAGACUGAGUUGAUACCAACACCUUUUCCAGUUUGUCUGAUGAAAGUAGACCAGAGGAGAGGGAACCUUUAUUGGGUCUCAUGUGACCGAAACCGCAUCGGCACCACCACAGCCAACAAUCAGUACUCCCAUCAGCUGUACCAAACGACAAAGAAGAUUCGAGACCUGCAUCUGGACUGGCUGAGGGGUGACAUCCUCUGGCUGGAGGAAGACAUAUUUCUCACCAUGAGCAUGAUGGGAACCAAAACCAAAGAGCUAAUGCACUUAGCAGGAGGAUUCAGGGGAAACAUCGCUUUCGACCUCCGGGCUAAUAGUCUGCUCUGGAACUCGGAAAGGACAGGUUUGACAACCAUGAAUUUGCGGCAGGAAAGAAGCCACCGAGCUGGCCGAAGAUGGAACAUUUCUGGCUCAGUCGUAGCUGCCUUUGAGCCCUUUCUGUUGUCCCUCUCUGAUGAUGUCAUGACUCUUUGGGACCGGCGUGAUGGGAGCCCCAUCCAGGACAUGACCGUGACAGGUCAUGUGUUCAGUGUAAUCGCUGCACUCGGUGUCGUCCGCACAGUGCCCGGGACUCCAGUCUGCAGUGAACCCUCUGUGCUGUGCCGACGCACAUCAGUCUGCCUCUCAUAUGCCCAGCUAUGUGAUGGUAAAAAGGACUGCCCUGAUGGAGAUGAUGAGGAUUUUUGUGUAACCACAUGUCCCUCUAAAGAGGAUUUCAAGUGCAAGGACCGUAGGAGUUGUAUCUCCAGGAAUCUUGUUUGUGACCGCCACCCUCAUUGCAAGGAUGGCUCAGAUGAGGUUGACUGUUCGAGUAUAGCCUUACCUGCAGCUCGAACAAAUGUCCUGAAGUGUCGCACGGGCUCAAAACCAUGUAAAGAUGGUUCAGUGUGUGUUUUAUACAGCCAUGUGUGUGAUGGGGAAAUGGACUGUCGGGACGGAUCAGAUGAACAGGGAUGUGAUGCCGAAAUGACCAUGACAACAUCAAAUCCAAAUAUUUAUCCAUUAAACAUGGGUGCUACCAAACCUGCUCCGACUGUGCCAGCCUGCACCAGCCCCUCUGUGCUGUGUCCCCGUUCUGCUGCUCACCUAUGCAUUACUCAGAGCCAGUUUUGCGACGGGCGUGUAGACUGUCCUGAUGGCUUUGAUGAAGAGAACUGUGUGAAUAAAUGUCCCUCUAAAAACGACUUCCGCUGCAAAGACCGUCGAAGCUGCGUCUCAAAGAGCCUGGUUUGUGAUGGUCGCUCUCACUGCCAUGAUGGCUCAGAUGAGUUUGACUGUUCGAGCGUAGCUCUGCCAGUAGCUCCAGCAAACAUCCUGAAGUGUCUCCUAGGCUCCAGACUGUGUCGAGAUGGCACGGAAUGUGUUCUCUUCAGUCACAUUUGUGAUGGAAAGAGAGACUGCCUGGAUGGAUCAGAUGAAAUAGGAUGUGAGUCUCUCACCAAACCAUCCUGCACCAGGCCUUCAUAUCUGUGUCCAGAUUCUUCUUUAUGCAUCAACCCAACACUGAUUUGUGAUGGAAAGGAAGACUGCCCCGAUGGAUCUGAUGAGAAUUGCAUAGAAAGAUGCCCUUAUAAAACGGACUUCCGCUGCAAAGACCGUCGAAGCUGCAUCUCAAAGAGCCUGGUUUGUGACGGUCGCGAUCAUUGCCACGAUGGCUCCGAUGAGUUUGACUGUUCGAGCGUAGCUCUGCCAGUAGCUCCAGCAAACAUCCUGAAGUGUCUCCUAGGCUCCAGACUGUGUCGAGAUGGCACGGAAUGUGUUCUCUUCAGUCACAUUUGUGAUGGAAAGAGAGACUGCCUGGAUGGAUCAGAUGAAAUAGGAUGUGAGUCUCUCACCAAACCAUCCUGCACCAGGCCUUCAUAUCUGUGUCCAGAUUCUUCUUUAUGCAUCAACCCAGCACUGAUUUGUGAUGGAAAGGAAGACUGCCCCGAUGGAUCUGAUGAGAAUUGCAUAGAAAGAUGCCCUUAUAAAACGGACUUCCGCUGCAAAGACCGUCGAAGCUGCAUCUCAAAGAGCCUGGUUUGUGACGGUCGCGAUCAUUGCCACGAUGGCUCCGAUGAGGUCGACUGUCUGAGUGUAGCUUCAUCUGCAUCUCAAACAAACAUCCUGAUGUGUCGCAUGGGCUCAGAACCAUGUAUUGAUGGAAAAGAGUGUGUUUUAUUAAGCCACCUUUGUGAUGGAGAGAGAGACUGUAUGGAUGGAUCUGAUGAACAGGGAUGCUCAGAAACCUGCAAAAAAGGAGAGUUUCAGUGCUCCCAUGGGAAAAUGUGCAUCCCUGAGGCUGAGGUGUGUGAUGGCAAGUCACAGUGUCGGGACCAGUCUGAUGAACUGGACUGCUGGGAACAAACAAAGAGCUGCGAGCAUCGCUGCAUCGACGGCAAUCGCUGCAUCCCAAUGAAAUUCCUGUGCGAUGGAGAGAGAGACUGCCUGAAUGGCACGGAUGAGGUGGGCUGCGACACCGUUACUGCUGCAACAACGGAGUCUCCUCUUCGCACUCCUGUAUCAACUUGCAUCACUCCUUCAGUUCUCUGUCCAGGUUCAUCACUGUGUAUCUCUGAAAAUCAGCUGUGUGACGGACAAAGAGACUGCCCUGAUGGAUUUGAUGAAAAUAACUGUAUAGCCCAAUGCAAAAACCCAGACGACUUCUUAUGCAGCGACCGGAGGGUGUGCGUCUCCAAGAUGGAAGUGUGUGACGGUCGUGCCCACUGUCCCGAUGGCUCAGAUGAGACGCAGUGUCAAUCGGCAGAUCCUACUGCUCCCCCCUCCAGCAAUGUUCCCGAUGCCAGAUCAGCCCCACUGAGGUGCCGCAAAGGUUUCAAGCCAUGUAAAGAUGGCUUGGAGUGUGUUAUGUACAGCCAUCUGUGUGAUGGAGAGAGGGACUGCCAGGAUGGAUCGGAUGAAGAGGGAUGCUCCGCUCAGUGCAAAGCAGAUGAGUUCCAGUGUACUCACGGGAAUAGAUGCAUCCCACCGGAGAAGGUGUGUGACGGACAGUACGACUGUCAAGACCGAUCUGAUGAAAUGGACUUUUCAAAUCUAAUUGAGGGCUGCCAUCAGCGCUGUGAUAACAACACUCGCUGUAUACCACAGACCUUCCUGUGUGAUGGCGAGAGAGACUGUGCUGAUGGGUCAGAUGAAGAAAAAUGUGGUUUGGUGGCCUGUGCGAUUAACCAGUAUCGCUGUCUUAGCGGUCAGUGUGUGUCUGAGGCCAUGAGAUGUGAUGGAUAUGCUGACUGCAGUGACCACUCUGAUGAGGUGCGUUGCACCAGACCCCCACGCUGCCCGACACAGCUCCAAUGCCCGAACAGCCACGUUUGCCUGCAGAAAGAGUGGCUCUGUGACGGCGAAGACGACUGCAAAGACGGGUCAGACGAGAAAAACUGCAUGUCAUCAACGGCGAAGUGCAGGGAAUACCAGUGGCAGUGUGGAGACAGCAGUCAAUGCAUCCCUCGGUCAUGGAGGUGUGACGGGAAGAAGGACUGCCACAACGGCAUGGAUGAGGACAAAUGCAGCCAGAGAAAAUGCCCCUCUCACCUUUACCAGUGUGGCAGCGGAGAGUGUGUGGACCCUCGCCUGGUGUGUAACCGCUUCACCAACUGUGCCGAUAGUUCAGAUGAGGGCGAGGGAUGUGCUCGACGAAACUGCUCCAGCCCAUCAGCUCCUCGGUGUGAGCACCACUGUGUCAGCACCCCAAACGAAGCCAGGUGUUACUGUGCUGAAGGUUUUAGACUACAGUCCAGUGGUGUGUCUUGUGUGGACAUUGACGAGUGCAAUGCAGUGCCACAUGAUGUAUGCAAACACACCUGCCUGAACAGCCGUGGGUCCUACGUCUGUCAAUGCCUUCCUGGCUUCUACCUGGAGCCUGACAAAAAAAGCUGCAAGACCAAAGAUGAGCCUUUGCUCUUGGCGUCCGUGCAGUCAGAGCUUUUACUACUGGGAGUCCAUAGCGGCACCUUGCGUCUUCUGUCCUCUGCCAAUCGACCAGUCUUCUCGCUGGAUUAUCACUGGGCUAAACAGAGAGUUUACUGGCUGAGCCCCGACUACCAGAGCAUCCGUUGGGCUGACAUGAAAAACUCAGACAGCAAAGGGACACUCAUCAAAGGAGUGAAGUCAGAUUUCAUUGCGGUGGACUGGAUUGGUAAGAACCUGUACUGGGUGGAUGGACUGGUGGGCCAGAUUCUGACUGUGAAGCUCAGCGACAACGCAGUGAGAUCUCAGGACUACACUGUGGUCCUGGGUGAAGAUCUGGAGCAGCCAAGCUCAUUGGUUCUGCUGCCACACAUUGGGAUGAUGCUUUGGUCAGAGAUCGGCAGCACCCCUCAGAUCGAGCAGUCUGGGAUGGAUGGUUCAAAGAGGAAGGUGGUGGUAAGCAGAGGCCUGAGCUGGCCAGUCAGUCUUUCCUAUGACCUCCUGGGUGACAGGGUGUACUGGGCCGAUGAGAAGCUGCGCUGCAUUGGCUCGGCCUCUCUGGAUGGCGACAAUGUUAAGAUCCUCCAGUUAGCUGAAACCCCAAGCCCUUUCUCUGUGGCGGUCUUCAAUGACAAAGUCUUCUGGUCUGACACUAAAAGAAGAACUAUCCGCUCUGCUGACAAGAACACCGGCAAAGACCAAAAGGUUCUUCUUAAGAGACCAGGGCAGCCAUUUGGACUGAAACUGAUGCAUACCUUUUCCCAGCCAGCCAUAUCCAGUCCCUGUGACCAGCUACACUGCUCCCACCUCUGCCUCUUGGCCCCUGCGAUGAGAAGCAAGUCUGGAGCACUGGGGUCUCAAGCUGUGAGCGGGCCUACGGCAGUUUGCCGAUGCCCAAAGGGCCUGCUUCUUUCCAAGGACAAGAUUACCUGCUCUCUGCCUGUGGAUUCAACGUUCAUCCUGCUUUUGUCUCGUACCACAGUCUAUCAGAUUCACUUGUACUCCAUGCGUCAUGAAGGUGUCUCUCUAAAGAAAAUGCCAGGCAGUCGAGCUUUAGCCCUACCUGGGGUAACUGAGGCUUCGGGACUGGACGUGUCCAUCCGGGGGCUUUCUUUAUAUGUGGCUGAUGCAGGACAAGGAUCUGUGGAUGUGCUGAAACUGAGCGGCUCCAAGUUGAGACAGGGACUUACACCCUCUGGACAAAUCCUAAAGCUCAGGGAUGACUUGGUCACAGCUCUGGCGGUUGACUGGGUGACUUCCAGCCUCUACUGGAGCAGCAUCGCAAGGCCUGAUCUCCAUGUGAUGUCCCGCCAUGAUGGCUACACCACCUCACUGCUGCAGGGAUCGCUGAAGGGCACUACAUCCAUUGCACUGCAUCCCCCCUCUGGACGACUUUGCUACACAGCAAUAGUCAUGGCAGGAGGGAAGAACCAGAUAGAGGUGAACUGCGCCUGGAUGGAUGGCCGUAACAAAGUAGUGCUGUGGAGGAAGUCGAGCGUCCCCACCUCACUGGUCUUUUCCAAUCAAGGAACUAUGAUAUACUGGGCUGACACAGGUGAAGGUGUUAUCAGCUCUAUUUCAGUGGAUGGAACAGGAUAUAAACAGUACAACACAGGGCCAGGUCUGCUAAUCUCCUUAACACAUACUGAGAACAUCCUCCUCUGGGUCACCCUGGACAAUGAUGUAACCAAACUGUGGUUCAGUGACGGUCUCCAGCCUAACAAACUGUGGUUUGAGACAAAAACCAGCGUGGUGGAAGUCAAAGCCUACAGCAACGACAGUCAGUCUGGAACUAAUAGCUGCUCCAACAACAACGGUGGAUGUGUCCAUCUGUGCCUGCCCUAUCCGGGAGGUCGCACGUGUAAAUGUGGCAGGGGUUUCUACGCCAUUGAUGCUGCCUCCUGUGCCCCGCUCUCAAACUGUCCCACUGGGGAAGAAUCGUGCUUUGACGGUAGCAAGUGUAUCAGCAGCAGCAAAUUCUGUGACGGACCCGUGGACUGUCCAGACCAGUCAGAUGAACAGGACUGUCCAAACCCAAACUCUGCAUCUUUUGGCAGCAAAUCAAACACCGAAAAGAACUCUGUUCUUUCAGUUAAAGACUCUACAUCCUGUGAUCUCCAACAUUGCAACGGUCAUGGCAACUGCAUCACCGAAGGCAAAGUCACUCGCUGCCAGUGCAUGGCUGGUUACAAGGGAGAGUCCUGUCAAGAUACAGAAACUGGAAAAAGCCACGUGGCUGUGGUACUUGGUGUCCUCUGCCUCAUUGCUGCAUUGAUGUCUGCUGCUUUUAUUUUCGUUAAAAGGAGAGCCUGGGUGCCCAUCAGAAGCAGAUCAACUGAGAAAGAUACUCUGAUGGCCAACAUGGGCCUGCCCUUUGAACACUACGUCCUCGAUUCGGACUCGGAGGAGCUCGAGUCCCCAGUAGAUGUGAAGAACCCACCGCUAGCAUUAAAGGUUGGCUUCAUGACAACUCUGAAGGCUGCGGACACCACGAGUAAUGUGGGUGGAUGAAUUUCUGUGGUGCUGAAUCUAAUGGAGAUGGUCUUUUGGUGCAAUAAAAAUGAGAUAGAAAUGAACCAAAAA